UGUCGAAUUCCUUGAUUGUUAAAAAGUUUUCUGAAAAUUUUUCGGCUAAUAAAAAAUGCAUUUUGUUCGUUAUUGUGGUUGAUAAAAAUGAUGGAACAUUAAAGGGUUUAAUUAGUGUCGUGAUUCGUCGUAAAUCAAAAAAUGGCUUAAACAAAUUGAAUUUCAAGAAAAGAGCAGCAAAAUCAGCACACAUUUUUAAUGCUUUAAAAACACGAAUUUUCUUAAUUUUGGGAAAUUUUUUUGAACUGGAUGAACGUCUUUUGGAUGAUGUUUUCUUUGGAAAUUUUGCUUCUAGUAGAGAGUUAAACAAGUCAAUUCACUCAAAAAAUGGCAAAUUAAAUAUUGAUUGGAAAAUUCAACUGUCGGCAAAAUUUAUUAAAAUUCAGAAAUUGCCUUUGGUAUAAUUUUUUAAUUAAAUAUAUUUUAACAUUACCGAAAAACAAAACGAUUUAAAAAAAUAUUGUCGAAUUUCCCUGUAAUUUUAGUGUAAAAAUUAAAAAAAAUUUUUUUCCUGGGAAUUCAGCAAUUAAGGGUCUUUUUAAAAAUAUUUUCGAAUCCCCCUUCCAUCGGGCUGUGUGCAAGCUUAUAUUUAUUUUUUAGUUUCAACAAAAGAGCAAGAAAGCGCCCCCUAGGGUCCCUUUGAGUAGGCGUACUCUAGGGGGGCUGGCUUAUAUGCUGAAGUUGCUUGUCUUCAGUUCAUUUAUACAACAAGUAGCUGCUGGUGGUGGUGAAGCAACGAUCCUUGCUAUUGGAGUGCCUCUCAUCUUUCUUCUGGCUGGUGUGAUUAUUUUUUUAUUGUGUUGUUUGGAUGUGGAACAACCAAGCUCAACCAUAAAUCCACCAAAAAUUGAACUGGAUGAAGAGAAACAAAUUGGAAAUGUACAGAUUUAUGAUCAAGAAAUAAACGAAGAAACUGAAAAUAAUUUAUUGAAUGAUGAGGAACAAAAUAAUGAAGAAAAUAAUAAUGAAGAAAACAAUACUGAAGAAGUGCCUCCGCCUAUUGUUGAUAAAAAAGAUGUCAAAGCUAUUUUUGAAGAAAAACUUUUCUUAACCAGACGAAGUUCGGAGAUUUGUUUAACAUGUUGUGAAAAAAUCAAGCGAUCUCCUUCAGAUUCAAAUAUUUUUGCAAAUUCAUACACAUCAGGAACGUUACUCGAUGAUGGACAAAUUCAAAAUUCAUCUUAUUAUGCGAAAGCUACAAAUCCAAAAAAAGUUACUUUGCCAAUUGGCACAUUUCCAAUGCUCGCAUGUGCCUUAGAUAAAACUGAUGAAACAACAAAGGAGACAAUUUAUAGAGGGGAAGUCCAUACCAUAAGCGUAUCACGAACAGCUAUCCCAAUGGCUUCUGAUUAUAAAUUUAUGCCUGGUGUACCAAUACCAGUACAGUACUCAACUAUGCGGGCUAUGUUAUAUGUUGAAAGAUUUUGUGAAAGUAGAGGAAUUCAGAUGAUGCCGGACAAUAAAACGAAAUUUGUUUUUGAUUUCUUGCCUCCAAACGUCAACAGAGAUGGGGAAUCCGGCGGAAUAGCAAUUAUUAUUGCUAUUAUGAGCCGGAUUUUAAAUCUUCAACCGAUGAAAGGUACUUUAAAUUUGUUUCGUUUUUGA